UAGCUUAGUGCCCAGCGCCAUUGCUUCUCCACCAAACAAGUCCAUCCAUAGCACUAGCUAGCUUGUUCAUCAGCUUCGUCUCUUCCUACUAAGAACUUGUCCACCUUCCUUCAUUCAUCAAAGGGUAUGGCGGGGGUGGGCGUUGGGACGGGGGUGAUGAACUCCCUCCUCGGCAAGCUCACUGCCUUGCUCAGCGACGAGUACAAUCUUCUCAAGAGCGUCCGCAAGGAGAUCCAGUUCCUUGAGCGCGAGCUCAGCGGCAUGCGAGUCCUGCUGGAGAGGCUGGCGGACAUGGAGGAAAAACUCGAUGGCCUGGCAAAAGGCUGGAGAGACAGAGUGCGUGACCUCAGCUACGACAUAGAAGACUGCAUCGACCGCUUCAUGGACCGCCUUGGAAGCGGAGAUGCCAAGCCAAAGUUCAUGAAGAGGACGGCCCGCCGGCUCAAGACUCUGUGGGCGCGCCAUAACAUCGCGACUCAGAUCAAAGAGCUCAAAGCUCGCGUCGUGGAGGAAAGUGAGCGGCGUGACAGGUACAAGCUUGACGAGAGUUGUUACGGUCCAACGAAGACGGUGGAGAUUGACCCACGGAUAACCUCACUUCACGAGGAGGUCAAGGACUUGGUGGCAAUGGACGGCCGAGUGAAGCAAGUUACUGCUUUGUUGAUGGAUGAGAGUAUGGAGCUGAAAGUGUUGCCGAUUGUCGGGUCCGGAGGGUUGGGGAAGACGACCCUGGCCAUGGAGGUGUACCGCAAGAUUGGGGUGGACUUUCAGUGCCGAGGUUUUGUGUCGGUGUCACGUACUCUUGAUCUAGAGAAGCUCUUGAAGGAUAUUUUAUCUCAGAUUGAUAAAGAUGCUUAUGGCAACAGUAACCGUUGGGAAAAAGAACAAUUAAUCCGUGAAACCAAACAGAUCUUGACAGGAAAGAGGUACUUCAUUGUUAUUGAUGAUGUAUGGAAAGAACAAGAUUGGAAACUAGUCAAGGCAGCAUUUCCUGAGAAUAACAAUGGUAGCAGAAUAAUUGCUACUACACGCAUUACCGGUGUAGCUAAUCAGUGUUGUUCCAACUCCGGCGGUCAACCCUAUCAAAUGGUACCUCUAGAUGAUGAUGCUUCUCGAAAGUUGUUCUUGAAGAGAAUUUUCUCCUCGGAUGAUCCCUGUCCUUCUGAACUAGAAGAAGUUUCUACUGGGAUCUUAAGAAAAUGUGGCGGCCUGCCACUGGCUAUAAGUACAUUUGCAAGUUUGCUUGCCAAUAAGCCACAUAAGAAGGAUGAAUGGGAGAGACUGCAAGAUUCCAUUGGUACUGGUCCUUCGCUUGAUAAUGAUGGGAACUUAAAAGUGAUGAAAGAUAUAUUAUUACUUAGUUACUGGGAUCUUCCACAUCAUUUGAAGACUUGCUUGUUGUACUUGUCUAUAUAUCCAGAGGACCACAAGAUCAAGUGUAAAGAACUGAAAUGGAAAUGGAUGGCCGAAGGAUUCCUUGAUAGACAAUGGGGACGUUUGGAUGAGGUAGCAGAGAACUGUAUCAAUGAACUUGUCAAUAGAAAUAUGAUCCAAUCAGUUGAUGUUCAUUUCAAUGGUACAGUGAAAUAUUGUCGAGUCCAUGAUAUGGUGCUUGACCUUAUCAUAUCUUUAUCAGAUGAAGAGAAUUUUGCCACUGUUUUAAAUGGGCGUGUAUGCAAUCAAUUUCCAAACAAGAUUCGACGUCUGUCCAUGCAAUUUAGUGGCAAAGAGAAUAAUGGCGCAGUCUUUGCAAUUAAAGAAACCAAGAUAUAUGUUCGCUCACUGACUACCUUUUCGCAAUUUGGGCAGAUGCCCCACAUUGUCCUUGUGGACUUCCAUGCUUUGCGGGUGUUGGAUCUUGCAAGAUGUUAUUGGUUGAAAAACAAGGAUGUAAAACAUAUAGGAAGCUCGCGUCAGCUGAGGUAUUUGAGAAUUCGCAGUGGGGAAAUUACUGAGCUUCCUGAUGAAAUAGGAAAGCUGCAGCACUUAGAGACUCUGGAUUUGAGAUACUGUUAUUUUCUUCUAAGACUGCCAUCAACCGUGGCGCAGUUGCGGAAAUUGGUGCGCCUAUUUGUCAGCUAUGGAACACAAUUACCUGCAAGUGGGUUCUGGAGUCUGCAAGCCUUGGAGGAGUUACGCGUCCGCGAAACUGACGACCCAGUGAGAUUUGCGGAGGAAGUAAAUGAGUCGGGCAAAUGCAACCUUCGCUAUCUUCAUACUAGUGAACAGAUAGCCGAGCGUCUGUUCUGUAACCCAUGCUGCACAUACCCUUACCUCCAAGUUCUUAAAAUUCAGUGUGGUUUUGGAAUGGUUCCCAGGGGAAUGGCCUCCCUCAAGAAUCUCGUGAAACUAUGCAUAAAUGUCAAGGAAUUUGAUUAUGAGGGUCUCCAAGUUCUCAUGGGCAUGCCUUCUCUGGCCAAUCUGGAGCUUGACAUAAUAAGAGUUGCCAUUAAUGAAAAGCUGAUCAUCGAUAGUGAUGGAUUCAAACUGCUAAAGGUCUUCCGCUUCCACUAUACACUCUUUCCAAAUGGUAUUGAAGUGAAACCAACGGGUGGACUGCAGCUAGCAUUUGCACCAGGUGCCAUGCCAGCACUCCGUUGUCUCCGUCUUGACUUGAGCCCAAUGAUUGUGGCGUCCAACUUUUUUGCAGACUUGGUUGUCGAGCAUCUUCCGGGCCUUGCACAGCUCGAGGUCGAAAUCGAUUGUUACGAAGCAGCUCCAGGCAGGGUGAAGGCUAUGGAGUGUUCCAUUGAAAAAGCAACCAACUUGCUCCCCAAGUGCAGAAUCCGUGUCAGGAAAGCCUUUGAACGUCUCAUGUUUAAGGAUGACGAGGAGUGGGAAGAUGUCGUCACAAAAAGAAUCUCAGCGAAGAAGGGAGACCAGAAGAAUGAGAGAGUGACCACCAAGAACUAGCCACCUAGCUUAAUCCUGGUAACUCAAAUGAUGGUGAUUUUUUUUACUCACUCCUACGAGUAGCAUUUUUUUUAUAAUAUGUCCUACACCUAUCUUGAACAGUAUCUACAAAGUCCAGUCCUGCUACUUAUUGCAAAGUCUGCAACUCAACUGGCCGGCCAUCAGGAUUUGGUUCCAAAAGUGACUUUGUUGAGCGGAUCACAUCACGUGUAUUCAAGCUGAUUUAUCUGUAGUGUGAGCUAGUAUUUUUUUUCUUCCUAAAUCUAUCCUCAGCCUCCCCUGUCUUGCUGGGUUGCUUGAGUUAGAACAGACAUUAGUAGUAGAUGUGUUUUCAAUUCGCUGUUGGGGAAGCUUGACUUGUGUAGCACCCCUGAGUUCUAUUUAUCUCUUGUGGUGGCAAAACUAUGUUGUUGUGUGUGUACGAUAAUUGAAGCAAGCGCGGCUCUUGUCCACUGAUCUGCCAUAUGAUAUGAAUGCAGUCCCCUUGACUGACGCUGUAACAUUCAAGCAAACAUAUUUUCUC